AUGGCAGCAGUGAACGACCUGCCGGUGAGCAGCUGCAGAUGGCUGGCUGCCAACAGCAAGUGUGAGGCGGUGGGCGACAAUGCACCUACGGCACAGGGAUCUUCAGGGGCUGAGAACAAGCCGGAGCCGGAAGGGUCUUUAGCGGGAGACGAUUCGAUGGAUGUGGAUCUAGAGCCGAUCCUAGAGGAGAGGCCGGAAGAGGAGGAACCCGAGGCAGAACCCGAAGAUGAGCCUGCUGAGUCCGCAGAGCCUGAGGAAGAACCCAAGUAUAUACUCCCUUUUAAGCAGUGGAUGGACCCUAAUUUCGUGCCCGAGGAUGGUUUCUUUGAGGAGCCGGCUGAGGAGGAUCAAGACAAAGUUCCAGCUGAAUCGGGUGAUAUAAACCACCCGAUCGAGAUUGAGGCAGAGUCGGAGUCCUUGGAGGAACAGUCUGAUCAGGCGAAUUCAGAUUCAGAGGACGAAGAAUCAGACUCGAAAUGGACGCCAAGCAAGGGUCGUAGAGGCUAG